AAAACCUACUGUCCCUGGAAGCGGCCGCUUCGGCGAGGACAGCGUUAUGGAGGCUGAGCCAUCGGCGGGCGGGGCCGUGCUGGCCAGGGAGGCGGGACUGCGCCGGGAGCACCAAGCAGCGCUGAGGGCGGCACAGGAAGGCGGGAGGAAGAGGCAGGGCGGGACGGGAGCGGCGGGACGGGAGCGGCGGGGCCGAGACACGCCGCCAAUGGCGAGUCGGGACGCGAGUGCGAGAGCGGGACCUGAGCGCAGGAGCUCGUCAGUGGGGAGGAAGGGCGGUGCCAGCCAAUCGGAGACCGCUGUGCUGACGGGCGAGCCAAUGGCGAGCCGCGCAGGCGGGGCGCUAGCCAAUCAGGGCGCGACCGGCGAACAAAAGGGGCCCUCCAAGGCCCUGGCCCCUCUCCCGAGCACAAUUUCACAUGACGCAACGGCUGCGGGAAGCGGUUCGCGAGCCGUGCCCGCCGCCGCCAUUUUGUGAGCGCCGAGACUGAGCCGGCGGCGGCCGGAGGAGCGGCGGCACCAGCAGCGCAGCCAGCGGGAGUCGCGGCGCGGAGGAUGCGGUAGAGGAGCCCAGCGGCGGCAGCGGCGGGGGGGCGGCAUCGGCAUCGCUCGGCGGCGGGGAAUCGCGGGGAGGGGGCUGUCGGUCGGUGGGUCGGGUCCUGGUCCGAGCAGCAUGUCGGCCCCGGAGAGCAGCGCUGGCAGCAGCGAGGCCCGGGAGGACGCGUGCCGCGACUACCAGUCGUCGCUGGAGGACCUGACGUUCAACAGCAAGCCGCACAUCAACAUGCUGACCAUCCUGGCCGAGGAGAACGUGCCCUUCGCCAAGGACAUCGUCUCCCUGAUCGAGGCGCAAAUCGCCAAGGUUUUUAUAUUCCACCGACUACUACUCCUACCUAUACUGCUGGGGGGACCGGCCGGGGCAGCGGGAUAGGGCGGCCUAGGGGAGGUCAGCGGCAGAGGGGGGCGAGGAGGACAGGGGGACACAGCGGAGCCAGGGGUGGGCAAGAGGGCCCGAGGGCCGGGAAAUGGAGCGAGAGAGAAAGGGAGAAGCUCGGUCGGAGGCCGGGCGGGGUGAGGAGGCCGGCGACGGGGUGGAUAUGGCUGGGCUGGGGCGGCGAGGGGGGCUCAGAAGGUAGUGCCGGGGAGGGUCCUGGUAGUGAGGGGGCGAGUAGGGAGAGGAUUUGGACAGAGCUGGAGGGUGUCGGGGGCUCCGAUGGGUCCAGGAGGCAGGGGUCGCCGUGGGGGGAGCAGGCGGAAGAGGGAAGCCUCUCCCAGCUGGGAUCAGGGUGUACGGGGCGAGGCGGCGGGGAGCGGGGAGGGCUCCUUAUUCCAUCGCUAAACUUAAGGCUGCUGCUUCUACUGCCCCAUUGCAUAGGGAGCAGGGGACUCGAGGGAGGGGAGCAGCCCCCACACCACCCUUUGGGAUUAGGGAAGGGUUUGGGACUCAUCCUAGGAGAAGCUGCGAGAUGAGGGGAGCGUGGCUCGCGGUGCGAGCCCCGUGUAAAUAGCAGGCACAACAUGGCGGCCCAGCAGUGACUGGGCAGCUGCACCUCCGCGCCCUUGGAGCUGGGUUUUCCCCCUAUAUGGAGUCAGGAUUCGGUGUCCGAAUCUGGUGUCUAAACCCUUGGAUUUAGGCGAUUUGGACAGUAGGUGAAUGUUGCAAUCAUUAGAGAGGGCCUGAGUCGGGAGGUCUCGUGGAGGGUUGGGUUUUUCUUGGGGGGUAGUUUAAAGGGAAAUAAUAUUAAGUUUAUAGAACGCAAAUUGUCCGUUUCUGAAGGGCUAAAUAUAGUGACUUUUAAGUAUCAGUUAAGGCCAUUUACCCAGUGUGGUCCCUGUGAGAGAUUAAUUGGGGGGUGGGGGGCAUCGUUAUCGUAUAGAAAAGUUUGUGGGCCAUCUUCUCCGGAUAGAGAGGUGGUGGUGGGGUUGUUUUGCUCUGACUGAUUAGAGAAAAUUCUGAGGGCUUGGGAUAAUCUCUUUGGCUUUCAGAUGAUAUGUGCCCCGAGUAACGCUAGUGUUGUGUGCAUAUUUAAUAUAUUUUGGCUAGAGAAGUUUAUUGGUUAAGGAUGGGGAAGAAGAAAUUGUCCCUGACUGUAGAAACUGCAGCAGCCUGUAGGAUCCUAACAUGGCGUCUGAAAGGCACAUGAUAUAAAAAGGGAAAGAGGAGGCUCCCUCUGAGCCCAGCCCAGGCAGUUGCUGACAUCAGUCAGCCACUACACAUGGAUAGGGGUUUUGCAGCACCUUUCUAAUGAGCAUUUUGUAAGAAAAGGGUUCUUCUUUCAAUCCCCCAUGGUGCCAGUCACCCCUCCCUCGUUGUUUCCCUUGCUCCCUCUGAUCUCAGGUGUUAAAAGGCUUUUUUCCUUUGGCUUUAAAUCGUGGUUUAUAAUGGUGAGAAUUGUACUACCUAAUGAUGGGGGAGGGAAGGAUCUCCUAAGUUACUUAAUCUAUCUUUCUGUCAAUGCAGGAUGUCUUUUUAGUAUGCCACAGACCUCUUCCAGUCUAGUUUUAAAUGCUGCCAGUGGCUGAGUUUUGCCAUUCCUUGGGGAGGUGACCUCAUAAUCUAAUAGCUCUCACCAUUAUAUCUCCUAAAGGGCAGUGGAUGUGUAUAAAAUGAUUUGUGGUGAAUAACAAUGCUGUCAUUUUUUUUUUUUUUUUUAUUUCUGGGUGAUUUAGAACCUGCCCUGAAGUGUGGGGUUUUUUUAAAAAGAUGUCUUAAAACCUGUAUCAAUGGUUAGUUUUGCCUAGUUACUGUUUGUGACUGUAGCUUAUUCAAGGCAAGUUUUUAGUUGUUUCUGGGAAAGUGAUCUCCUUUACUAAGCCACUUUUUAAAAAGUGUUGCCUGGAGACAGUUUGUUUAGUGUAAAACUUGAGUGGUCUGCUUUACAAUUAAAUAAAUGGUUCUGAAAUGUGUGACUGGUAUUAUAAAAUUUGUAAAUAAAAAGUGUGAAAUAUG